GCCACUAUGUCCCUCGGGCGAGGGCAGCCCGGCUGGAGAGGCUAAGCCGAGCGGCGGUCCAGCCCGGCCCAGCGCCCCGCGCCCUCCCGCGGGCGGGCCGGCGUCAUGAGCUCCUACCUGGAGUACGUGUCCUGCGGCGGCGGCGACGUGCUCAGUUUCGCGCCCAAGUUCUGCGGCGCCGACGCCCGGCCGGUGACCCUGCAGCCCGCCUUCCCCCUGGGCAGCGGCGACGGCGCCUUCGUCAGCUGCCGGCCUCCCCCAGCCGCCGCCCGGCCCGCGCCCUCGUCCCCGGCCGCCCCCGCCCCGCCGCCCGCCGCCGCGCCCCCGUACGCGCCCUGCCCCCUGGAGGGAGCCUACGAGCCGGGCGCCGCACCUGCCGCGGCCGGGGCGACCGACUUCGGCUUCCUGGGCCCCGGCCCCGCCUUCGACCUCCCGUGCGCGCUCGGCCGGCCGGCGGACGACGGCGGGGCGCACGUCCACUACGCCGCCUCGGCCGUGUUCUCGGGCGGCGGCUCCCUCCUCCUCCGCGGCCAGGUGGACUGUGCGGCCUUCGCAGAGCCCGGCCCCUUCCCGGCGUGUCUCAAGGAGCCGGCGGACGGCCACCAAUCCGGCGCCUUCCAGACCGCGUCCCCGGCCCCCGGUGCCUUCCCCCCCGGGGCCACCUCCCCGACCUCGGGCCUCCGUGGCGCCUUCAGCACGUUCGAGUGGAUGAAAGUGAAGCGCAGCGCCCCGAAGAGAAGCAAACUCACAGAGUUUGGAGCAGCAAGCCCCUCCAGCGCCAUCCGCACCAAUUUUAGCACCAAGCAACUGACGGAACUGGAGAAGGAGUUUCAUUUCAAUAAGUACUUAACCCGAGCCCGCCGCAUCGAGAUAGCCAACUCCUUGCAGUUGAAUGACACCCAAGUCAAAAUCUGGUUCCAGAACCGCAGGAUGAAGCAGAAGAAAAGAGAACGAGAAGGACUUCUACCCUCUGUCACUCCUGCGGUUUCCUUUCAACUCUCUCUGUCUGGAAAGAGCCCCACAAAGUCUGGCAAGAUCCCUGGAAGUCCAUCUCAGGCCCAGGAGCCUUCUUGAGGAUUUAGUCUUGAGACCGAGAAAUCUUGGCAUACAUAAGUCAUACAUAGGCCACCCCUAUCCCUUCUAGACUUACUAGCUCAGUUUGGGAUGGAAAUAGGCACAGACAAAAAUUAAUAGGGAAAUAGUGAAAAGUUGGGAAAAGAAGUUAUCACAGUUACCUUCUGAGUUCCAGGCCAUGGGUGUACAGAUAUUAAUGUGAGGUUUCUUAAGCCAUUCGUUUGUGUAUUAUCAGGGACAAAGUGCCCAGCUGCGAGAUCAGCCCUGCUGCUGUGUUGCCUAACUUAGUCAUAUGCACUUCUUGAUUGUAGACUGGUAGAGCCAUAGUUGCUGAGCUCUGCCACCUCUAUGGUGUGCUUAGAAGAACAUCUACCCAAAGUUGUUCUGUCUGGCUUUAACUUAAAAGACAAAGUUACAUGUAUUCAACGUCUUAUGAUGACCAAAACCUCUUUGGUGUAGCUAAGCUGCUUCAAUGAUGACUUUCACAUUUGCACUUCAGUUUUUUGUCCCUCUUCUAAAAAGCAGUUUCUACCUCUCCAUGUGCCUGAGUGAUGACACAAUCUCUGUUUAGUUAGUAGCAGUACAAAUCCACAAGGUGUGUCAAGAUUAAAACUUGAACUACGCCUUGACACCAGUUACUCGAACUUGAAUGUAAAUAUAUACAUUAUGUAUAUUUUUUAAAAAGGUUUGCUUGCAAAGGAUUUACAGUUGACAUUUAAUGUCAUGGCAUGUAAAGGGUUUGAACUUUUUUUGUAAUAAAAAUUACAGAAUCUUC